CCCGCCCAUUCCCCGCCUCCCUCCUUGCCCCGUUGCCCUGGAACCCGCUGUAAAUAUCCCGAGACGGGCGGCGGCCCCUUUAAGCGCAGGCCAGGCCCGCCAACCGCCUGGGGGGGUCGGCUUGGGAGGGGAUGCGGCGUGGAGCCGGCGGCACUAGAAAAAAUGCAUUAUGAAUGAUGGCCCCUGCUUGCUAAAAUGAAUGCCAAGAGCUCAUGUUCUGAACAUGAGGAUAAAAAAGAUUUGGAAAGGAGUCAACAGUUUUACCUCUAACUACUAAAAAGUUCUUGCCUGCCAAAAUGAACAUUCUUUGAGAAAAAUCUGAAGAACAACUGUGAUUUGAGAAAUGGGAGAAAGAACAAGGAGCUUGGAUUCUGACCAUGACAGAACAUCGGAUGGUGAUAAAAAUAGCAACUCCUACUAUUCAGAUGAAGAUAAUGCAUCUCAUGUCUCUGACCGAUCACUUACACUAAGCUCUCAGUCUACAAGCCAUGGGAAAAAAGAUCACAAAACAGAGACUUUGAGUAGCCUUGUGCAUUACCAAGCCACUAAGAAACCAGUUUCCAAAUAUGCACCAGCCAAAAGAGGGAGAAGGUGGGGUUUUCGCUCCCAGAGCCUCAAUAGGGAUUCUCCUGCAAAAGAUAUAGAUCUUGUUACAAAAAGGGUUCUUUCUGCCAGACUGCUAAAAAUCAAUGAGCUUCGGAAUGAAGUAACUGAACUCCACAUCAAACUAGAUGAGCUGCAGAAAGAAAACAGGGCACUGAAGAGGCUUCAGUACAGGCAGGAGAAAGCCUUGAAUAAGUUUGAAGAUACAGAAAAUGAAAUCUCUCAACUCCUCGCUCGACAUAACAAUGAGAUUAGAAUAUUAAGGGAGCGCUUACGAAAAUCUCAAGAGAGAGAACGCACAACUGAGAGAAGACUGAAAGAGUCAGAGGAUGAACUGUACAGGACAAAAAAUUCUUUGCAAAAACUGAAAAAGCUUUCUGAAGAUAAGCACUUAGCUGAACGAGAUGAACUGGCAAAGAAGCUAGCCUCAGCAGAGAACAGACUGGAGGAGAGUGAGAAAAGAAUUAAGGAUUUGGAGAAAAACCUUGAGCUGAAUAACAGCAGUUUCCAGCGACAAUUGCAAUCUGCGAAAAAAAAGGUACAUGAGGCCCAAGAAGAAAAUAAAGCUCUCCAAGAAGAGCUUCAACAACUAAAUCAAAAGCUAAAGGAAAAAGAGAGAGAACUUGAUGCAAAAAAUAUAUAUGCUAACCGUAUGUUGAAGCCAUCACCUAAAAAAGACACAGAUGUUACACAAAGGAAAAAAGCCACUAGCCAGAAUACUAAAAAAGGAAUCCAGACUACAAAAGGAGUACAGACUAGUGGGUACUUCUCACCAAUAGAAUUUCCUCCACCACCAGAGUUUGUUUCUGUUUAUGUAACAGAUCAGAAAGAAGAGGAGACACUUCUUAGAAUGGAACAGGAAACUCAGAAAAAAGAAUGGAAAGAACAAGCAGAGCAUCUAAGUCAAGAACGGAACAGGGAGAGAGAGGAGAAAAUGAAACAUGACCAAGAACUGCAGGCUUUAGAGGAGAGAGCCCAGAAACUAUGUGACGAGUGGAAAAAAGAAGAAUUUGACAGAAGGAAAAAAGAAAAUAACUUUUUAUUGGCUAAAGAAGAAGAGGCAAGAAUUGAGUCAGAAAUAUAUAAAAUUGAAAAUGAGACACACAACACUGAAAAACUAGAAGACCGACAAAAAAAAGAGUUGCUGCUGGCUAAAAUGUAUAAAAUUGACAGAGAAACUCAAAACACUAUUAGUAUGAAACUUGCUUCGCAAGCACACCUCACAGAUACAGCAUCAAAAUCUGACUCCCUAGAGAAAAAUGAGAAAACCUACCAGUUCUUAGAGACCACAGAAAAAUUGUUUAAUGGAUUUCCAGUAUAUGACAGCCAUGAUGUUACUACAAAAGCAGAAGGACAGAAGCGGCAAAAUGUUAGAACCACAGAUUCAAGUAAUGAUUUGACAUUUGGUAGUUACGUACCUUCCUUUGGGAAAGGAUCCGGGAGGCCAAGUUGGCUUAAUCAAAAAAGUAUUGUCUUAGAAGAAAAUACUAAAGAAAAUACAGAUUUCAAUACUAAGAAAGAGAAAAAGUCUAAUUUAAUGGAGCAACUUUUUGGAACUAGUGCCAACACCAUCGCUCCACCUAAAAGCAGUGACUCAAGUCCUUUGGAAGCUGACUAUGAUUCCGGCAGUGCUCUUCCUCUGGGCAAAAGCAAUAAAGAUAAAGUUAAAGUUAAAGAUGAUGAUUUUUUUUCCAGUGAAGGAAGAAAUUUUAACCCAAAUAGGCACCGUUUACAGCACACAACAAGCAGGCCAGCAGUUAAGGCUGUUGAUUCUUUCGAAGAUGAAAUUGAAGAAGUAAUCCUGUGAUGACCACCUUUCAUAUAACUUGUGUGUGAAAAUGCUAUCCAAAUAUUUUAAUACAGUAUUUAUUAUAUACA